CUCCACCAAUGGAAUGGUGGGUUGGGCGAGGAGCAGAAUCGCCGCGGGAGCUGUGACCAGAUGUGAGACUGUCAGUCCAUCACGCCGGCAAUUACCACGACAAGAGCGACUCACACCUGAAACUCCAAAACCAGAAACCGACAGCAUCUGCCGUCCUGUCACAGGCUGUAUCUGCUGAAGUGGUCCAGAGGGCACUGCUGGUGCAAAGUCUGGCCCUUGUGGACAUCACACAUGGCUUCGAACAGCAUCUUUGACUCUUUUAGUAACUACUCGACUUUACUCAGAGACCCGACCACGACCAGAAGAUUCACGCCGCCCUCCACGUCGUUUUCUUGCGGGAAGCUCGGCGGCGGCGGUGACGGCAGCACCGGCGUCGCGAGCGCCAUGAGUGCGACGGGUAAUAUGAGGUCGCGGCACGCAACGGACCCGCGAACGGUGGUGGACGUCCUCGCGGACCACGCAGGAGAGCUCGUGCGCACCGACAGCCCCAACUUUCUGUGCUCCGUUCUCCCUUCACACUGGCGCUGCAACAAAACUCUUCCAGUGGCCUUCAAGGUGGUGGCUCUCGGUGAUGUUCCCGACGGCACCCUGGUCACCGUCAUGGCCGGAAACGACGAGAAUUACUCGGCCGAGCUGAGGAACGCGUCCGCCGUCAUGAAGAACCAAGUGGCCCGCUUCAACGACCUGAGAUUUGUCGGAAGAAGCGGCAGAGGAAAGAGUUUUACUCUGACAAUUACUGUGUUCACCGGACCCCCCCAAGUGGCCACGUACCACCGCGCCAUUAAAGUCACAGUGGAUGGGCCACGAGAGCCUAGACGUCACCGAGUGAAGAUGGAAGAGUCUCAGAAGAUGCAGUACAGUGCAGAAAUAGAGAGGUAUCGGCACCGGAUGAGCACCGGCAAUGGCACCACCCGCACCUCACACCAGAGCCCUUACGGACACACUGCUGCACCCCAAAUAUCAGGUCUGUGGGCUGAGCAGAUUGACCCGCCUCAAAUCAAACCCUGCAAAGUGGAGGAUGAUAUCCGCUGGUCUAGUACGGAUCUGUUCCAGCAGCGCACCUCGUUUCCCUCCCUGUCUCCUCUCACGGCGCCGCGGUUCUCUGACCCUCACAUGCACUACCCAGGCCCCUUCACCUACUCCACCAACCCAUCCAGUGCAACCAUCGGGGGUCUCAGCGUAACAGGUGUUCCUGCUUCCACUCGCUAUACAACCUACCUGCCCCCUCCAUACCCUGGAAACCAAAACCAGAGCUCGCACUUCCAGACCAACUCGUCCCCCUACCACCUGUACUACGGCACCGGAUCAGCAGGCUCCUACCAGUUCUCCAUGGUUUCUGCAGGCGGCACCGCCGGGAGCACGGUCGGAGAGCGCUCACCCACCCGCAUGCUGACUUCCUGCACGGCGGCCGGUGGAGGUUCGGGGUCAGGAGGAGGAGCCGGCAGCCUGCUCGGUGGCAGCGAUGGCGUGGAGGCCGACGGCAGCCACAGCAACUCGCCGAGUGCCAUGAGCACAACAGGACGAAUGGACGAGUCCGUCUGGAGGCCUUACUGAGGAAGGAGAGAACGACAGAAGAGUUGCAUGUUCAGUCAAGUCUAACCCCCCCUCCAUUUUGCUUUCAUUUCCUUCAGAGACAGUAUCUUUCAGUUGUUUAAAUGGUAUACCAUGUAUUUCACGAGGCUUGAUGUGCUUUAAGACUGAACUGAGUGGAAAAAGAAGUUCAUGUAAAAAAAAUAGCACAGACUCUAACAGACUGACCUUUAGAUUUAUUCCGUAACAAGAGCAGCUGGAUAAUAGCAGGAGUUAUGGCCAAACCAAAAAACAGACACUUCAGGAAGUUCAGAGAAUGACCUUUGACAUUCAAGAAAGCCUGAGGACAUGCUGCAUUGGGACAAAGUAAUCGAUUUAUUUAUGGCUACAAUCAGCUUUUACCUUUUUGACGGUACAGCAUUGAUAUUAAGCGUACGAAAUGAAUGCAGUUGUUUUUUUUUUGUAUGUUUUUUUAUUUGUCUACCACAAUCAUGAACAAUUGUUGUAUGAACAGUUCUUACAGUAAUAAUUUGUUUUGUUUUGUUUUCUGUUUGUUUCAAGCCAUAAUUUUUUGUCUAAACUAAGUAAUAUGGUUUGGGUUUCUUUAAUUUAUUUGAGCCAGCUCUAUGAUUAUUCUUAAGGUUUCCAGGAUGACAAAAAAGCAUUUAUCUUUUGUUUUUAUCUAAUUUCUUUUUUAGCUUUUUUUUUGUAUUUUGUCAAUUCUAUGAUUUAAUAUAAGAUUGCCAGUCAUGCUACUGUAAUAUAUUAUUUCUAAAUUAUGAAAUGAUUACCAAUUUUAAACAUAAUGUAUUUUUUUCCUAUGUAGCUCCAGUGCACUAAAACAUUCUAUUUAAAAAAAAAAAGGAAAAGCCCUCAAAAUAAAAUCCCAGGAAAUCUUAUCCAUGAAAAAACAAGUCCAAAGAGGUCAAAUUUCAUUGUAAUGAUAACUCAUAAUCGAAUAUACUUCCAGGCACGAUGGCUCGCUUUCCUUUUGUUGCCCAAAGUGUUACAUUUAAUGAUGUCACCCUAGCCUCGUAAAGAAUGAAGAACACACGUAGCUUUAAGCGCCUUAAUUACCCAUCUUUCCUCACAUCAAUGAGGCAACUGAAACGAUAGAUGAUAACUACAUAUGAAAUUGAUCAUCUCUCAUUAUUUCAAUGACAAAACCACACACAGCUUGCACAGUGGAAAUAAAGUGGCCAGAAAUAUGUUCCUCCCUUCCUUUCAGGUUUGUGUGUGUGUGUGUGUCUUGUGCACAAUAGUUGAGCAGCCAGAGGCCUUUCCCAGCCGCUCACACUCCACCACACCUGCUCUCCCUACCUGAAGGGAGAACCAGGACGAAAAGAGCGAGUAUGUGCCGAGGAGUGUGGGAGUGAGAUCGUCUUUCAGCGACCGCCAGCCAUUCUUUAGGCCACUGGUUCUCCUAAUGCCGCCUUCUUUGUUCGCUCCGCUCCAAAGCCACUUUGAAGCCUUUGUGACGCCGCUUCGUCUCUUUUUCUUUUGUCGUUUGUACAUAAUUAACGUCCUGAGCCCGGGGCCGUGGUUCACACUGAGCAAACGAGCGAGAGAAGUUCCUGUACAAUAGAGGAACGAGGAAGCUGUCGUUUAAUUAUAUAAAAGAAUUAAAUCUAGGAAGCGAGUGCCUCUGCAACGUGGAAUCACUUUCUCGAUGCGAUUCAUAUUGUUAAGUUUAAGUCCAUGCUUCCAGAUUUGGGCUUGCGAUCUUUGCUAAUGACAAUCCAGUCAAUAUGACUCAGGAAACAUCCAUGACACACACAAUAUGCCUUAUAGCCCUUCAUGGCUGGUCGAUGUAUAACGAAAGCACAAGCAGAAAACUUUAUAGUUACAUCCAUCUAUGUGUACAUCGACCCAUCAUCCAGUCUCUUAGCUUAGACAAAUGACCAAAUCUGUGUAUUUAUUAAAUCGAGGCAUUUUGUAAUUUUCAUGGCUAGUCCGGUGACUUGCAUGCCCAAAGAGCCAAAAACGAUAGGACUAAAAGGUUCAUCUCAAGCUGUACAAACAGUUGUGUCGUGUGUGUUGAGUAUAGCGCCAAGUGUUUGGUGGCUCAUUUCCUAAAGAACAAAUAGUGUUUUUCAUUCACUGUAUAUUGUAAUUUUUUUGACUCUGUACCAUGCUCUGCUAUAGUCUACCUUCAUUGUGUGCAAACAAUGUAGUUUUUGAUGCAUUUUAAUAAAAAAUAAAAAAAAAUAAAA